GUUGACUACAAAACGUGAUAACCUCGAUUCAGUCGAAUCAAGACUUAUAUGUAAAAAUCUUAUCGCCGUUUUGAGUAAACCUAUUGAGUGAAUAGCAAAUUUCAGAUUAUAAUUAGCUUAAAUAUAAUGUAAACAAAUCUACAUACUGAUGGGUAUUUUGCGGCAUUUAUUAUGCCAAACGAACAGUUUCAAUUUAGAGCUCGUUGUGAGCACAACAAAAAUGUGGAGUAAAAAUAAAUUAAUUCAAAUAAUUUGGGCACUGCUGCUAAUACAGCUGGUAGCUGCCGGCACUACAAGACAGGACAGGUGGGCCGAAGAUGCUGUAGAACCCAACGCAAAUGAAGAUGUGGAUGCCGAUGGGUUUCGCACCUUCACACGUCAAGGCGUAACAUUGCGCAUUCAGCCACACACCAGAACCAUACGCAUUGACGGUAAGAACGCCAGCCCGGCACAACUGCUGGAGCAAGCCAAGCAGGCAAGACAACUCGAAUUGCUCGCCGUGCGCCAGCUGCUAAACACGAAAUAUCCCGUGAAGCGAACAAGUUUCGAAAAUGGACGUAAGCAGACGAGCACAUAUACGCUGGAACCGGACGGCAGCAUUGUAUGCAAGAUAGUGGAAGAUAUUGAUAUGGACGAUGUGGAUCGUCGUUUUGAAGAAAUUUUCCAAAAACAACGCGAAAAGCAAGCGAAAGAGCAACCGAAUAAAAUCGCGGAUUGGGAAUGGUCAGAGGACGAUGAUCAACCGGCGCAGCGCCCAAGUAUAUUUCGUGCGCCGCUGCAGCCUUACCCCGCUGGUAAACCCUAUGUGCCAACACCACCACAAUCACCACAACCGGCAGAGCAACAGCCAAAUUUCUACCAGCCACCACGAUUUCAACCAGCGUGGCCGACACGCGAUCAAGACGAUCCCUUCAAUCCAGCAGAGUUGCCCAAAAUGAACGGUUUUGAUGAUGAUGAGGACAUUUUAGGCACAUACGAUAAGCCCGCGUCUACACCGGUUGGACAGACAAACACUUUUACGAACACAAACACCGACAAGGAUGGCAAUACAGUGCAUACCACUUUGACGACAGGACCAAAUGAGUGGAAACGUAAAACUGUGAAAAUAUCGACGAACACACAAACCAGACCAAUAGCAGAGGAGUCUACAACAGUGCGUAAUAUACCAAAUUUAGAAGAUUUUCUUAGAGAACAAUACAAUCCAAGUCCGCAGGCCAAACCAGAGUCAGCCGCACCCAGUUUGACAACUUCAACCACACCCAGAAUCAUAAAGACCAUCAAGGUUGAAGACUUACCACCUUUAGCUGUACUCAAUGCCAACAGGCCGGUAGAUAAACAAUUUCUACAACCGCUCACACCCAAUGCCACCGGUGACCAGAAACCUAUUAAAACACUCCAUGUGGAUAAUAUACCACCCAGUUUGGAUUCAGAUACGGACCGCUAUGAACUAACUAAAGUGCAGACGCUAAAAAAAACCAUACGUGGCAAUCAAAUACCCACAGUAGCUGAUUUAGAUUUCAAAAUGUUGGAAAUGUUACAACGUGCUGGCAUAACUCCUGAAGACAUUGCCCACGCGAACGGGCAAACAAUAACAAAGACUCGCGUAGAGCCAGACGGUCGUAGAGUGACGACUACAUAUCGCAUAAAUAGAAAUUACGGUGGCAAUAUGCUUGAACCUUCAUCUUACGAUACACCCAACCGCGAUGCUACAUACCUUAAAGACACAAACAACUGGCGUAGAACUUAUGACAUACCAUCGGUUUUCCGCGACCCACUGCCACCUAAACAUCAGAGCGCUAGCCAUUUUGGCGUCGAUUUCACACCUUUUGCUGCUGACUCUGUGGCGGCUGCUGUUACCACCACUACUACUGUGCGACCUUUGAUACGUGACCGUGAGCCUUUGGAGCCGCAAGAUGAAGAUAAUGAAAAUGCCGUCACGUUAAAUCCUUUACUCAUACAUCCGGUACAACCGGUCGUCACAAAGACUUUAACUGCUGGUAAUCCGAGCUUGGUUGGGGUCAAAAGCCCUAUCGCGGAUUUUUUGGCCAAAUUGGGUUUAUCGGUGGGUGAUUUGCACGCCAGCAGAGGCGAGUAUGUCAAAAGUAUAGUCGAUCCGGAUGGAAGUGUACUAACCGCACGAUUUAUUCUAACUGGUGGUAUUGCUCACACGUCCAAAAAGUAAUUAAUUAUAAAGAUAGUUUAUAUUAUUUGCUCGAAUAAAAUUUGUUUUCGAUAUUAUUAAAAA